GGUAAGGUAAAGAUUCUGCUCACAGAAAGAAACGCUUUACUAGCAAAACAAUAUUUUACUGUAUUUAGUUCCUCUACUAUGUCUAAGAUAAGGUUUGUUGUCAUAAUGUAUCUACUGUUACAUAGUUGCAUAUAAUUUUUCAGCAGUAAAUUAAUGAUUCUUAUGUAUUUUAAUAGUUACAAUCUUUGUAAGAAAAUGUGUUCUGUCAUUAAACAUUAGCUUUGAUUAAAUUUUUUGAUUAAAUGGUUUUUUGUAGUCGCUUUCUUCUGAGCUGAAAAUUGUUUUAUUUGUUCAUCUCUCAAUAAUUAGUCAUUAAAAUAUGUAAAUCACAGGUGUUACUUGGCUUCAGUGCAUUAAUCUCUGGUGCUUCCAUAAUAAACAGGUUCUUCAUAAUGAGUUAGUGUGCUUUGUUUUUAACGUCUGGCCUUUGACAGUUUGAUAGGAAUACUGAAUAGGCCAUAAAAGAGGUUUUCAAUUUACAAAUAUUUAAUUUUGCAACAAAAAUAAAUUGUUAGAAGGCAAAGAUAAAUCAAUUGGACCCAGGUUUUUGAGUAAUUAAAAUCUUGUAAAUAUUAGCAGAAGUUAUAAUAACAAAAAAUUAUCGUAUUUGUAGGAGAAAGAAGCACGAACAAAUUGAUAGUAGCAUAGAGUCAAAUAUUUCUGGUUACUAUGAUUGACUAAUAACUAAUGGUUUAGUGUUUUUUAGAUGAUGACUGUGUGAACUAAAAGGAGAAUAGAAAGCUGAGCUGCCUCUCCACAGAUCUAGCUCUACCAGGAAGACAUGGCUGCUAUAAAACUGCCUUUGGUCAUCGUGUUCCUUUGCUUUACAGCUAUACACAGCGGAGCCUCGUUUUGGACCAUAACGUUACCAUCAUCAGUUAAAGGUCUGGUUGGAUCCUGUGUGGUCAUCCCAUGCUCGUACAACUACCCAGACCCAAAGAAGACUGUCAGUCAGUUCACUGGAAUUUGGAAGGACCAGACGAAUCAGGUUAUCUAUCACUCAGAUCCCUCUAAGACUGUGCAGGAAUACAAAACACGGACUGAGCUGGUGGGAGACAUCACACGAAAGGACUGUUCACUGAAGAUCGAUCCCCUUCAACAAAGUGACCAAGGGCCGUUUCAUUUCAGGAUUGAAAUAGGAAAUUAUGAGAAAUAUUCCUACGAGGGGAAUCGUGUCCCCAUUGCAAUGAUUAGUGAAUCACAUCCAAGUGUCUCUGUGACACAGGAAGUAGUGGAGGGUCAUAAUGUGACUGCCUCCUGCUCUGUGUCUCACUCCUGUCCUUCGUCUCCUCCUAAAUUCACCUGGAGCCACAAUGGUGUGUCACAUUUGGAGACUCAGCAGCUUAAAGAAGGGCAGUGGAACCUGACAUCCACUCUGACCUUUGUCUCCACCAGAGACGACCACAACAAGCCUGUAAAAUGCACCGUUACAUACAAAGGAGGUCUGAAGGGGGAAAAGGCUUCCAGUGUCCUCAAAGUGAAAUUUCCUCCUGAGAUUAAGACCAUCUCCUGCUCCUCAGAGGGAGAUGAGGUCUGGUGUGUGUGCAUCGUGGAGUCCGGGCCUCCCAGCACGGUUCACUUUGUGCUUUCUGAUCGAGUCCUGUCGAACACCAGCACUGACGUACACGGCCUCGCUACCAUUGUGACUCUGCAGGCAGAGUCUGGCUCCUCAGAGUCUGUCCGCUGUGUGGCAAACAACGCACUGGGCCACGUCAACGCCACAUUCACGCUACCGUCUAAAGUCAAGAUGCCAGUUGUCUAUAUUUCUAUUGGUAUUGGAGCAGGUGCAUGUUUGCUGAUCCUUUUCACAGUAGUAGUAGUCAUAAAAUGCAGGGGGAGAGCAGGAAAUGCAGAAACGUCUAAUGUGACGACAAAGGAAGAAAAAGCUGUGGAGCUCCACUACACCACAACUAAAAGUGGAAGACCUACCCAUGCACCAACGCCUCCUGACAGAGACAGCGAGGACAAAGAUGAACCCGACUAUGAAAAUGAACGCUGCACUGAUGAUCCUGUGUACGGCAACAUGGAGGAAGACUUUGAUGACACCAUAUAUGCCAACGCGUAGCAUCACUCGCUUCACUGGAGGAGCAGCUGCCCGUUGUCUGACUGAUGUGAAUCACAUCCAAGUCUCUCUGUGUCAGAAGAAGUAGUGGAGGGUCAUAAUGUGACUGCCUCCUGCUCUGUGUCUCACUCCUGUCCCUCGUCUCCUCCUGAAUUCACCUGGAGCCACGCUGGUGUGACACAUUUGGAGACACGGCAUCUUAACGACGGGCAGUGGAACCUGACAUCCACUCUGACUUUUGUCUCCACCAGAGACGACCACAACAAGCCUGUAAAAUGCACCGUUACGUUUUAUGAUUAUUUACUGUAGCUAAUUUAAGAAAUGAAUUAAAACAGUUCUUCCUCCUUGUAAAGGGAAGUCAGUUAACUCCGACGUGGCCAGUGCAAAAACAAUAUACUUGUGGAUGUAUUUUAAGUAAGAAAAAAUAAAAGACAAACCUGUUCAAACCUGGGGAAUAAAAAACGAUUCUGAUUCUGAAAGCAGCUGAUCAACUUCGUAGGAACACAUUUCAUACAGGUGAAAGGGACACUAACAACCCAACGCAGACGAGGCUGUAGCAGCAGAGAAACGCAGAUCUUUGUCCUGCAUGUUGAUGUGUGUUUCCCCUUCCCCCAGUGUGCCUGCUCUGGGACGUGGAUGGCCACGCCCACUUUCAUUCACCAGACGGACAUGAAAGAGGGAAUAACGAAAUAAACAGCUGGUUAACUUUGUAGGAACACGGCUGUAGCUCUGCAAUGACUUUAUGUGGUACAGGUGAAAGGAGUAAUACGAAAUAAACGGAAUAUAAAACGGAAACGCUUUCAAGCGUUUUCUGUUUAUAUUUUUUAUUGCACAUUUGUUGAAACUUGAUGGGUGUACUGUCAUACUUUCUGUAAUUUUUAGCAUAUGCAUUUACACGUUGUAUAUGAAUAACGAAAUUAACAAAAUCUACGUUUGAAAAAACUGUGAAGAGUUCCGUGUUUACAUGAAAGCGGGCAGAACAACGUCUGUCCAUGACUCACUGCCGAAAGCGGCUGGUGAAUCUCUUGGGAACAUGGCUGUAGCUCUGCAAUGAUUUAUUAUGUGGUACAGGUGAAAGGGGAAAUAACGAAAUAAACGGAAUAUAAAACCGAAACACUUUCAAGCGUUUUUGGUUUAUAUUAUAUUUUUAAUUGCACAUUUGUUAAAACUAGAUGUAGUCUUUUCUGUAAUUUUUGGUAAUGCUACAGUGCAAUAAUGUGUGAACUUUAUUUAGUUUUUUUGUGAAUAAGCAAAGCAGCAAAACUGUCUUAUUGUAAUGUUGAUGUUGUCAGAUUUUGUUUUCAGUAAUUCUACAUUUCUUUCAGUUCCAAGAUUAUUAAUAUGUGUAUUUUGUCCUUUAUUAUUUUACUUUUUAUCUUAUUUAGUGUGUGGAACCAGAUUUCCAGACUGCACAUUUAGUCACUAUUACAUCUGGAAGUGAGUUCAAUUAUGUGAAAUGUAUAUAAAGUAUAACUUUAAUUGUAUUGUUAUGGACCAUUACAGAGUUGAGAGUUUUGUUAGACGGUAAUAUGAUUUGUUGGCUUUUGAAGUCCAUCUUUCACACACCAAUGUCUAAAAUACAUUCACACAUGAACAGAAGUGAUGUUUUACUUUGUUCGUGUGUUUGAUUCACUAGACAUGGAAAAUUCACUUCUUGCUUUCUGUUCUCUUUUUUCAUAUGGCCUGUUCAAUUACCAGAAAAACUUAAAGGUGAGAUAUGAAACUAUUAGAGAUGUGAAAACUAUUGGAAUGUGUUAAAAUGUGAGAAAAAAAUAAAAUUAACAGAAAUACAAAUGCUUUUAUGAUUUCUAAUUUUCUUCUACAGAAGUAUACAGUAAAAUGUAAUGUAUGUAUUAUUUAUUGUUAGAAACGCAUGAUGUCCAACUUCUGCGACAUUUACACUCUAUGUAAAAAGUGAGAACUUUGCAAUUUUCAGUUAAUUUGUUAAGAAUUAUUUUGUAAGUGUCUACUGGAAAAAAUGAAAGUGACAGCAACUACUGCAUGUAAGAUGAAGAGGUGUAGCACAUAAUAACAAUAAUUAUAAAGCCAGUUCCCAUAUUCAUUCUGUUUGUAGGUGAAGUCAGCUACAACCACAUCAUCAUUCCCUGUGCAGUCGGGACUGCUAUUGCUGUGAUCGUUGGAGUGUUCUGUAUUUUGUUGGUCAGAAAAUACAAGUCACAUCAUUAAUUCAGAAUCUUAACUGAUUAACAUUAAAAAAGAAAGAAUUAAUGUCCUCUGGCUUAUGCCUUAUUAAACACUGGACCUUUACUCACUGUAACGUCUAAAAGUGGAUUCUGUUUCAGUAUAUAAAAUGUAUAAAAAGUAAAACAUUUAUUUAAAUUAUUAUGGACCAUCCGUGGGGUUUAGAGUUUUGUUUGCAGAUAGGAUCAUUUGAUGGUUCACACAAACCUUCACACCCCAAUGGCUCGCUGUAGUUUCACACGUCAGCAGAAGUGAUGUUUAUCUUUGUUGCUGUGUUUGAUUGAAUUCACUUCUUGUUUUGUUUUUUUCUGUUUUUCAUAUGGCCUGAUUAUUUACCAGAUGAAGAUCUUGAAGGUGAAAUGUCAACUUGAAGAAGGGGUCACACUGUUUCUCCUAUUUUCGUAAGGUUAAAGCUGCAUUCAUACUUUGUGGCAGAAGAAAUCACAAAGAACCAACAGUUUACUGUAAACUUGUUGAUCUUUUGUGACUUGACAAAAUGUCAAAGCUUUUUACAUCUUGGUUUCAGGUUUUUCACCUGUUAACUAACUAAUAUGUCAUUUAUAUGUAGAUAAAAAAACAUGGCUCAUUUGCCAUCUUUCUGCAGGAUCUUUCUACAUAUGAAUUCAUUUCAUUAACAUUAAUACAACUUACAAAGUAAUUCACAGGAACAACACAAGAGCUGAAACUUAUAUAAGAAGCUAUAACUUAUACACGCUGCAUAGCCAUGCUCUUGUUUAGAUUGUAAUUUGUUUUGGUUUUUUAUUUGUGUUAUAUGAUCUGGCACUGUUUGCUUACGUAUGUAAUAUCUGAUAUUGUUGAUAAAGCUUUUAUAAACUUAACAUUAAUUGAACAUCUUUCUGGUCUUCUGUGUAUGUUUUUUUGCUAUUUUUAAUGAGGACUCUCUAUCAGUAAUAUUAUUUUGACCUGAUGAUGGUGCUGUAACACUGUACAGUACAGUACCAAAGUCACUGGAGGGUGGAAGUGGCUUGAGCAACUGAAAAACACUAAAUGAUGUAGAACAAUGGAGUGUUUACUGUACGUAAAGAAAUUCCUGUGAAUCAAAAUUGUGAGCAGUUUUUUAAUAGGGGAUGUUAGAAGAUGAAUAACUUAAAAACUUUAAAACCAAUCUUUUAAAAAAGGCCUUUAAUAUUAAUGAGCAAACAAUGUAUUUUACAUGUGACAUGCAUCACAGAAAUUGUAUGUAAAAUUGAAAGUGAUAUGUGUUGUGAGCACAGUCCAGCAUCUAGUGAGCAGUCCAUAUAAUUUUCUAAUGGCAUCACCGGAC